UUCCAACAUGUCUGGCCUGAACGAGUAUCCAUGACCAUUACUACUUUGUGCAGCUGGCAGCAGUGACUGUGCCUCGCCAUGAUUUGAACUGAAUGAUUGUCCUCGAACUUAAUAUGGACCCAGUCUCUAGUCAAUUAGCUUAGACUCUAGCUACGUCUCUCUAUCACAUUUUGAUUCGCGUACUUGAUCCUGGUCAUGGGUAUCCAUGAGCAAAUGGCAGAUGAGCGCUCUGCUGUUGCUCAGCAUUUUUUGAAGUAUAUCUGGCCACUGGUGGAUGCUGUCAGCCGGUCUUUACUUUUUACAUCUAUUUAUUUCUUGUUGACUGCAAUGUUGUUGCUUCUGUUGAUUUUUCUCGCUCUCUCCACAUCGACACUUGCAUUACCAGUUAUGAAGCAAACAUCUUUGGAACUCCCUCGAACGACUCUUACUCCUUGGUGCGACGGAUUAGGCGCGGGUGCUUUCAGCAUCGCUCACAAUUUCACGCUUGCUGCGUACAAUGCGACAGUAUCCACCGCAGAGCCAGUCGGGAUUCCUCUUGUCCUUGGACAGAUCGGAGCAAUCGCAGGCGCCGAGCUCAAGGUGCUUUCACCCUAUUCUUCAUAUCCUCAUGACGAUUUCAGCACAUUUUUCUUGAUGAAUGGUGCUCUGUUUUCCAAAAGAGAAACAGGUCUCACAGCUCUCAAUAGCUAUGUCAGUGAUGGACGCGAGCCCAAUUUUAUCGUAUCUACCUUCGAGGCCCCUGAUCCUGCACGGAACUACUGUGCCUUGGCGAAUAUCAGUCCUCAUGGCACCAAUCCUAACUAUCCCAUCCUUGCCGUCAAUGGUGAUAUCAACGGAUUUUCCUUAUGCGACUCAAGGCAUGCUGGGAUAGACACGACCGUAGUCUACAAGCCCAAGAGUUCAGAUAACUCACUCUACAACGUUGAAAGUUGUUAUCCGGUGCAUCUGCGGCUAUGGGGAUUGUAUUAGACUGAUUAGUCAAGCCCUUUAUCGCCGUAGUAUUCUGUCAACCUGAAGUAAACUAUACGCUCUGAUUUGAGGGGAUCAUAUUCAGUUUUAUGCUUACUCGAACUAUAUCAUUCAUUUUCAUGUACCUCAUGUUCGUGCGCCUCGCUGGACACUAUAAUACUGCGGAGCGCCACUAGACAUUGGAGCAU